AUGUGGAAGGGCAGACAGACUCUGCAAUGUCUUAUUCCAGUUCUUCUUGCCUUCCUGCAUUCUGCUUCUUCACUCUAUGCACAACCGAAGUUUAUGGUGCUGGUCCCUUCCCAGCUCCUCACUGAGACCCCUGAAAAAAUCUGCCUCCAUCUAUACCACCUGAAUGAACCAGUGACUGUUAAAGCCUCCUUGCAGUUUAGGUGGGGAAACAGAAAUCUGUUCAAUGAGCUUACGGUUGACAAGGACUUGUUCCACUGCAUCUCUGUCACUCUCCCCAGGGUCCCAACUUCUCAUGAGAAGGUGUCCCUCUCUGUCCAUGUCAAAGGACCAAAACAUGAAUUCAGCAAAAAUAAUGUGGUGAUGGUGAAGAACCAAGAAAGUGUUGUCUUUGUCCAGACAGACAAACCCAUGUACAAACCAGGACAGUCAGUCAAAUUUCGGGUUGUCUCUAUGGAUACAAAUCUGCACCCCCUGAAUGAGUUGUUUCCUCUGGCUUACAUUGAGGAUCCAAAAACAAAUCGAAUUAUGCAGUGGCAGGAUAUUAACACAGAGAAUGGGCUUAAGCAACUGUCCUUCAGUCUGUCAUCUGAGCCCAUUCUAGGCUCCUACAAAAUAGUGGUACAAAAGCAAUCAGGAGCGAAGAAAGAACACUCCUUCACCGUGGAAGAAUUUGUGCUUCCCAGAUUUGAAGUUCAAGUAAAGGUCCCGAAGGCCAUCUUCAUGAAAGAUGAAACAAUAAACGUGACUGUGUGUGGAGUAUACACCUAUGGGAAGCCAGUGCCAGGACAUGUAAAGAUAAGUAUGUGCCAUAAAUAUCAGCAGCACGGCAAGGAGACAGAGACUAGAUGCCAAGAGGCCAGUUACCAGCUAGACAGCAAUGGCUGCAGCACACAAGAAGAAAACAUCACUGCGUUUCAAUUAAAGCAAAGAACAAACGAAGCCCAGCACCUUCAUGUGAACGCAACGGUGACAGAGGAAGGGACAGGACUGGAAUUCAGUGGAUCUGAGACAACUAAAAUUGAAAGAGCCGUAACAAAAUUCAUAUUUGUGAAAGCGGAUUCACACUUUAAACAAGGGAUUCCAUUCGUUGUGAAAGUCCGCCUAGUGAAUCUAAAAGGAGCUCCUGUCCCAAAUGAGGAAGUCCUCAUCAAAUCUCAGGAACUUGACUACAGCAGUGUUAGUACCACUGAUCAGCACGGCCUGGCAGAGUUCUCUAUCAACACCAACAACUUCGAAAAGCAUUCCCUCACUGUCAAAGUCUACCACAAGAUAGAAAGUUCAUGUUCCCAUGAUCUUUGCCAAACAGAACACUCAGAGGCACGCCAUGUAGCUCACAGUGUUUACUCCUACAGCUGGAGCUAUAUCUACCUGGAGACGGAUGCCAGCGUCUUACCCUGCAGUCAGAAUCACACAGUUCGGGCACACUUUAUUGUGAAGGGACAGAUCCUGAAUGUGCUGAGAGAGCUUACUUUUUAUUACCUGGUCAUGGCCAAGGGCAGCAUUAUCCAGACUGGAAGCCAUACUCACCACACAGAGCCAGGAAAAUCUCCAAUAAAAGGUUACUUUGACCUGGAGAUCCCUGUGGAGUUGAGCAUGGCCCCCGUGGCUAGCAUACUCAUCUACGCCAUCUUUCCUGAUGGAGAAAUUAUUGCAGAUUCUGCAAAUUUUGACAUUGAAAAGUGUCUUCUCAACAGAGUGGACCUGAGCUUCACCCCAGCCCCAAGUCUUCCCGCCUCACAGGCCCAUCUACGAGUCACAGCUUCUCCUCAGUCCCUCUGUGGCCUAAGGGCCGUGGACCAAAGUGUGCUGCUCCUGAGACCUGAAGCUGAGCUCUCCCCUUCCUGGAUAUACAAUCUGCCAGAAAUGCGGCAUAGCAGCUUCAUCCCAAGUCCAGACCAACUUGAAGACUACGACCUGUGUGUGUGGAGUGGCUAUACACCCAAUCGUGAAGAAGUAGUCUUAGACCCAGAGGAGAAGGACAUCUACAGUUACAUGGAGGGCGUGGGUUUAAAGGCAUUCACCAACUUGAAGAUCAAACAUCGUAAAUUUUGUGUUAGACAUCCAAUAGCAGUGCCUGUCCUGGUAUAUGACUAUAUGGUCACCAAUGAGGACUCACCAGUCAAGAGCACAGUGGAACGUGAAGAUCCACCGCCUGUAGAUCUAGCCACUGAGACCAUUCGAAAAUAUUUUCCCGAAACCUGGAUCUGGGAUUUAGUCACAGUAAACUCAUCUGGAGUGACUGAAAUGGAAGUGACGGUCCCUGACACCAUCACUGAGUGGAAGGCUGGGGCCCUCUGUCUUUCCAAUGACACUGGACUUGGCCUCUCUCCUGUGGUAUCUCUCCAAGCCUUCCAGCCCUUCUUCGUGGAGCUCACGAUGCCCUACUCUGUGAUCCGUGGAGAAGCCUUCACGCUCAAGGCCACUGUGCUGAACUACCUCCAAAAGUGCAUCCGGGUGGGGGUGCUGCUGGAAGACUCUCCUGAUUUCACAGCGGUCCCAGUGACAAAAGACAAAGAUUCCUACUGCCUCUGUGCCAAUGGGCGGCACACCACAUCCUGGUUGGUAACUCCCAGAUCAUUAGGGAAUGUGAACUUCUCUGUGACCGCAGAAGCACGACAGUCCCCAGAGCCUUGUGGUUCUGAGGUGGCCAUAGUUCCUGAAACUGGGAAAAAGGACACAGUUGUCAAAGUCCUGAUAGUUGAGCCCGAAGGAGUAAAGAAAGAACAUACCUUCAGUUCACUGUUCUGUGCAUCAGAUGCCGGGAUGUCUGAAAAAGUGUCCCUGAUGCUCCCAACGGCGGUGGUGGACGACUCAGCCAGAGCCCAUUUCUCUGUGUUGGGUGACAUCUUGAGUUCGGCCAUAAAAAACACACAAAACCUUCUCCAUAUGCCCUUUGGCUGUGGGGAGCAGAACAUGGUGCUUUUUGCCCCCAACAUCUACGUACUGAAAUAUUUGAAUGAGACACAGCAGCUGACUCAGAACAUCAAGUCAAAGGCCAUUGGCUAUCUCAAUAAGGGCUAUCAGAAGGAGCUGAACUACAAACACAAGGACGGCUCCUACAGUGCCUUCGGGGAUCAAGGUGGCCGGAAACAAGGAAACACUUGGCUCACAGCCUUUGUGCUCAAGUCUUUUGCCCAAGCUCGAGCCUUCAUCUUCAUCGAUGAAACACACAUCGCCCAUGCCUUCACCUGGCUCUCCCAGCAGCAGCAGGACAACGGCUGUUUUAGGAGCUCUGGAUAUCUGUUCAACAAUGCCAUGAAGGGUGGAGUAGACGAUGAAGUGACCCUCUCUGCCUAUGUAACCAUCGCCCUUCUGGAGAGUUCACUCGAAGACACACAUCCGGUUGUCUCCAAAGCCCUGGCCUGCCUAGAGUCAUCCUGGAAGACGAUACAGCAAGAGGGAAAUGGCAACUUUGUGUACACCAAAGCGCUGCUAGCCUAUGCCUUUGCUCUGGCAGGGAACCAGGACAAGAGAAAGGAAAUCCUGAAAUCUCUUGAUAAUGAGGCUAUAGAGGAAAAAAACUCCGUUCAUUGGGAAAGACCUGAGAAACCGACGAAACCAGAGAGGUGUCUGUACGAACCACAGGCUCCCUCUGCUGAGGUGGAGAUGAAUGCCUAUGUCCUCCUCACUCUCCUCACUGCCCAGCCAGCCCCGAGCCCUGAAGACCUGGGUUUGGCAGUGCGCAUCGUGAAGUGGCUCACGAAGCAGCAGAAUUCCCAUGGUGGCUUCUCCUCCACACAGGACACUGUGGUAGCUCUCCAUGCUUUGUCCAAGUAUGGGGCAGUUACUUUCGCCAGAAGUCAGAAAACUCCUUCAGUGACCAUCCAAUCUUCGGGGACAUUUUCCAGAAAGUUCCAAAUAGAGAACAGUAAUCGACUGUUACUGCAGCAGGUCUCCCUACCAGACAUCCCUGGGGACUAUAACAUCAGUAUGUCAGGAGAAGGAUGUGUGUAUGCUCAGACAACACUGAAGUACAAUGUUCACUUGGAGAAAGAGGAGUCUGCAUUCACUCUACGGGUGCAGACAGUACCUCUGACUUGUGAUAACCCCGAAGGCCACAACAGUUUCCAGAUCUCACUAGAAAUCAGUUACAUAGGGAGCCGUCCAGCCUCCAACAUGGUGAUUGUUGAUGUGAAGAUGGUAUCUGGCUUCAUUCCAUUGAAACCAACAGUGAAAAAGCUUGAACGAUCAGAGCAUGUGAGCAGAACAGAAGUGAGCAAUAACAAGGUCUUGUUAUAUGUGGAUCAGGUGACCAAUCAGACACUGGCCUUCUCCUUUGUCGUUCAACAAGACAUCCCAGUAAGGAACCUGCAGCCUGCCAUUGUGAAAGUCUAUGACUACUACGAGACAGAUGAAGUGGCCUUUGCCGAAUACAGCGCCCCCUGCAGUUCAGAGAAACAAAACUUUUGAAACUCCAAUCUGUGGACAAGCCAUUGCUGGAAUCCCCAAACCCCUUCAAGAUGGUGAUUUUUGCCUGUGUCUGCAAUACUAAUUCUGAACAAGCAUGAUGAAUAAACGCACACUUCUAGACAGUC